UUCCCCCGCAAGGAAGUUUCCAGCCCGGUGGAGCCGGCUCAACAGGCACCACCGUGCAUCGACACCAUGGAUAAUUAUGAUGUGAUUAAGGUCAUUGGGGAAGGUGCCUUCGGGAAAGCAUUCUUGGCUAACGGGAAAUCAGAUGGCAAGCACUGUGUUAUUAAAGAGAUCGAUUUUGCGAAGAUGCCCAACCAAGAAGAAGAAGCUUCAAAGAAAGAAGUAAUUCUUCUGGCCAGAAUGAAGCAUCCCAACAUUGUAACCUUCUUCAGUUCAUUUCAAGAGAGCAACAGGUUGUUCAUUGUGAUGGAGUACUGUGACGGAGGGGAUCUCAUGAGAAGGAUCCGUAGACAACGGGGAGUGUUAUUUAGUGAAGAUCAGAUUCUGAGUUGGUUUGUACAGAUUUCUCUAGGACUAAAAUAUAUUCAUGACAGGAAGAUCUUACAUAGAGACAUAAAAGCUCAGAACAUUUUUCUUAGCAAGAGUGGAAUGGUUGCAAAACUUGGGGACUUUGGUAUAGCAAGAGUUCUGAACAAUUCCAUGGAACUCGCUAGAACUUGUGUUGGAACGCCAUACUACCUAUCCCCAGAGAUCUGUCAGAAUAAACCCUACAACAAUAAAACGGAUAUUUGGUCUCUUGGCUGUGUCUUAUAUGAGCUUUGCACACUCAAGCAUCCUUUUGAGGGUCACAACUUACACCAGUUGGUUCUGAAGAUUUGUCAAGCACAUUUUGCCCCGAUACCCACAACGUUCUCCCGUGACCUGCAAGCCUUGAUAUCUCAACUCUUUGAAGUAUCUCCCCGAGAUCGGCCGUCUAUUAGUUCCAUUUUGAAAAGGCCCUUUUUAGAGAAGCUUAUUGCCAAAUACUUGACUCCCGAGGUCAUUCGGGAGGACUUUAGUCACAGCCUCACACAUAAAGCAAGACAGUUGGCUUCUCAACCUGCAGGGAAGGGGGUCCAAGAUUCUGUGAUACAGAAAGCGAGAUUCCAGGGAAAGUGUCUACCAAGAUCAAGGCUAUCAGAGCCAUUUAAAAGGAAGGAGAUAUUGUAUAGAAAUGAAAAGAGACCCCCAGCUGGAGCUCAAAAGCCUAUAUCUAUAAAAAUGGUAGAAAGGCCCAAAUUUGCUGCAAUGCGUGGACAUUAUGACUAUUAUUAUGCCCAACUUGAUGUGUUGAGGAAGAGAGUGCAUGAACCAAUUUACCACUGUGUUCCUCAAAAAGAUUCUGGAGUUGAGGAGAAUUAUAAUCAGGAAGAAAGCCAUAGUCCGUCACCAGGUCAAUGGCCUACGGAAUACCUUCAGAGGAAAUGUGAAGCCCAACAAUAUAAGCUGAAAGUGGAAAAGCAGUUGGGUCUCCGUCCAUCUUCUCCUGAGCCGAAUCACCACUGGAGACAAAAGCGAAGAAAUGAUGGAGAAGAGCCUCGAUUCCAGGAGCUGCAGAUCAGGAGAAACAAAGCGAUGGAACAGGAAUAUUGGAAGCAGUUAGAGGAAAUACGCCAACAGUACCACAAUGACAUGAAGGAAAUUAGAAAGAAGAUGGGGAGUGAACUGGAGGAGGACUCAAAAAUAAGUCAUAAAACCUAUUUAGUGAAGAAAAGCGACCUGCCCAUCCACCAAGAGGCACCUGAGGAAGAAACUCGUAUGCAGGACAUUGAAAGAGACUUGAAACAAAUGAGAGUUCAGAACAUAAAGGAAAGUAAAAUUCUAGAGCAAAACUGUAAAGCUAAGAGAGGAGUGAAGUUUGAAAUUAGUUUAAACCAAUGUAUUUCUGAUGAAAACACCCUCCAAGAAAAAGAGGCAACGGAUGUGCACAAUAAAACUGUGACCUUUGAGGAUGGCAUGAAGCUUAAGGAAUAUAAAUGUGUGAAGGAGUAUGAAGAGUAUACAGACAAAGCAUUUGAAGAACUCUGUGGCCCGGAAGCAGAGUUGUUCAUUCAAGACCCUGGUGCUGCUGCAGAGAGCAGGAGACGGUGGGACGCGCGAGCUCCUCGGACUCUGCUGGAGAUGAUGACAGCGGGUGACGUCCCCUCCACCUGCUCCACUGGGCCUGAAGGUGGCCAAGGGUUGGUGACCUCAGGCAUUCCAGAAAACAGGAGACGGUGGCGACAUGAAGCGCCUGGAGCUUUAAUGAACGCUUGGGCUGCAGCACGUCUGACAAGUAGCUCGUUUUCUGCCCAUGAAGGUGAAUGGGUGGGAAAAUUAGAACAAAGGCUUCCUAAAGAAGAUGAGGGGAAUAUGGAAAUGGCCUCUGGCAUUGAAGUAGACAAGGAACAACCAAGAUCUGAUGAUGAUAAUACAAAUUUUGAAGAAUCUGAAGAUGAGUUCAGAAAUGAAGUAGUAGAAUCUCUGGAAAAGCCUGCUCCCUCCAAAGAGGAAGAAAAAAGAGAAGAGACUCCUGGUUUCUCUAAGGGUGCUGAAAAAUUAGGAGGAGAGAAGAUAAGCACCCAGAAAUAUACAGAAUUAAAUGAAGAUUUAGAGAAUAUUUCUACUUGAGCUGAUGACAAAGUAUGCAUUGCAGGUGAAAACCAAGAAACAUCAACAACCCAUCAAAAUAUACAAGUGUGAUUAUUGCACUUUUUCUUAAGUGAUAAGUUAGUAUCUAUUAACUGUAGUAUCUGGUUAGGUCCAAGUCAUAAACAUUCAUUUUGUAAGAGUUUUCUAGCAAUCCCAGGGAUUUAUUGUUUUUUUAAUUGGGCUAUAUUAGUUAGCAUACAGUACAUCACUAGUUUUUGAUGUAGUAGUGUUCCAUGAUUCAUUGUUUGCCUAUAAUACCCAGUGCUCCAUGCAAUCCGUGCCCUUGAUACCCAUCACUAGGCUAGACCUUGAGACUGACCAAUUUGAGUGUAGAAAUUAAUAUUUUAAAAUUUCUAUCAGGAAAUCUUUGGGACAAUAUAUGUGGUAGGCAGACAGAGUAAUGUGUCUCUCUUCCUGACACCCUCCCUCCCAGUACACCCAACAAUGUGAAUAUAUUGUUACAUGGCAAAGGGGAAUUAAAGUUGCAGGUAAAAUUAAGGCUGCUAAUCAGAUGACCUUCAAAUAGGGGAAGGCUUUUCUUUCACUAUCCAGGUGGACCCAAUGUAAUCACAGGGCUAUUUAACAGUGGAAGAGGGAGGCAGACGAGAGAACAGGAAGAUGUCAGCACGAGAGGGUCUCAGCCUGAUGCUGCUAGCUUUAAAGACGGAGGAAGGGGCCAGAGGCCAAGGAAUCCAAGCAGGUUCCAGAAGCUGGGAAAGGCCAGGCAAUAGACUUUACCCGGAAGUCUGCAGAAGGAACACAGUCCUGCUGACAUCUUGAAUUUAGCUUAAGAAAUCCACUUUAGACUGCUGCAGAACUGUAAGAUAAUAAAUGUGUGUUGUUUUAACUAAGUUUGAUAAUUUGUUAAGACAAGGAAAGAAAACCAAUACAAUGUACAAAGUAAUUAACUUAGAAUAAUGAAUGUACCAUUUUAGAAAACUGUGAUACUGGAAUUUCUUAACUUUUAUUGAACACUUUUUUGAAGCAGGUGUUGACUCUUAAGGGAGUAGGUUAACUGAGCAGAGAAGAUGAAGGCAUGUCAUGUUAAUUAUGCACCAAAUAAUCAUUUUACUAUGUUUUAUUGAAUUAAUUUCUAAUAGCUUCAAAUGUAUAGAUUAUAAAUUACUUAAGGGGAGGGACUCUACCUGGUCAUUGUAUCUUAUGCUGGUCUUUUUACAUAUGGGGCUUAGCAGAGUGCCACAUUCUAACAAUCCCAGUAUUGAACAUGUGCCUGGGGCUUAAUAGACAUUUGUUGAUUUAUUGUGUUGUUCCUAUGAAGAACAGAGAUGUUACAUUUCUAAGUGGUAGAAUUCUGCCUAAAAUAUAUGCUCUGUAAUAAAAAUACAACUAAAAUUGCACAUUGAUCCAUUGCUGAGCCAAGAAAACAAAGAUGAGGAAGGGUUGGUCUGAUUAUUUCUAAGGUCUGCUUAGUGUUUACAUUUGAUAUAACUUUAUUAAAUGUGGGGAAAGUAUCAGAAUUCCCCUAACUGUG